AUGUUGGAAAAAACUUCUGGAUCGGAUAAUAAAUUAUCCAAAGAAGAUUAUUUAAUAAUGAGAGCAAAAGAAGUUUUGCCGGUCGACAUAUAUGCGGCUAAGUCGUGGUUAAUUACUGCUAAAUCUUUAUUUCCACAUAGCGCAAAAGUACAGUUUGAGGCUUAUCACGUUGAGAAACUGUCAAAAAAUGUGAAAGAGGCUGCUAAAUGCUUCAGUGAAAUAUUUCAGAAUUUUCCGGAUGAUCGUGAUAUCUGGAAAGAAAUAGAAAUGAUAACAACUUGUCUUCGUGCAGAACAACGCGAUUCUGAAGGAGAAUUUUUAUGCCAGAUAUUUGAACAUAUUCCACAGGAAUUGCAACAUAGAUUACUUGUCAUGACAGCUGAUCAUAGUGAAGAUACAAUGGAGCACUGCAAAUUGUUGCUUUUGUUAUUACGUAGGUUUCCUCAAACAAUUGCAACCCAUGGACCGCGUUUGGUGGAAACACUGUUAACUGCAGAGAAACAUAGUCAUCCGGGUCGAGCAAUAAAUGAUUUUAGAAAAUUAUUGGCUUGCGAUGCAUUGCCAUUGCUAGGUACAGGUCCGGUAGAACUGAACACACGUCUUAGUUUACGACUGCUUUGUAAAGCUAUAGAAUUUUACUUGGCAUAUAUACAGCAGCCACAAGAUGCGCAAAUACAAAACCCAUGGGACAGGCUUUUCCAAAUUGUAGAGUUAAUGGGCAAGAAAUUAGGAUGGGAGUUAAGCAGCCUGUUUUCCAUGCCUUGGAACUGCGAGGUGUACAGUGAGAGGUUGCAGCAAUAUGCAGUUGCACAUAAUACAGGCCUUUGCGACGAGCUCAUAGUCAAGCAAUUACUUAUGUGCACAAUUGUAAUAUUAUUAAGGUUAUUAAAUGAACACACUCAACUUAUGAACAACGGUGAGACAGUGUAUUGUCUUGUAGAAGCUUUCGGAGAAGGAGUACAUGUUCCAGCAGAACCCAAAUUGAAGAAACGGAAGCGUGAAGAUAACGGAGUAAUAAUAACCAGUGACAAUGACUACAAUGGCAAUGGCUUAGCAUUGGCAGUAAAGUUAUGGGACUUAUUGCACAGUACUGACCAUUUACAGAGAGAAAUAAGCAAACUGAGUCAACAAUUACGGUUGGACGCUUGGUUAAAUCAUUUUUUAACAGAUUUGGCAAUGUACAAAGGUUUACAUCAUGAAGUAAUCGCUAGAUUAUCGCAAGAAGGUGGUGGUUUAUCUGUUAAUCUUCGUUUGGCUGGUACAAGUUUCUUCUUAAAAGAUUACAAGGUGAUGUUGGAGCAUAUCGUUUUAGUAGCAAACUCUUUACCAGUUGUAUCAGGCAAGGUGUCUCAUAAUUUAACUGCUCCAAGUAUGAGGCAUUUACAUUAUUUAACUCUCGCUCGAUUCCCUAUCUUACAAUACUGUUGUAGAUUACUUCUCUUAGCUAUAAAGGACAAUUUUGCCUUAUCUGGAGGCUUCGGAGACCUGGCUAUUGGGCAUGCACUGGUACUGAUGCAAAUGGAUUGGCCACAGGAAGCUAGUACUUUAUGUAUAAUUACAGAGAGGAUUAUCAAUCGUGGAAGCUUCACUUACCCGUUGUUUCAAGCGUAUGUCAUAUGCGUAGAUAUUCUAGAAGAAUUAAUAUAUUUAUGGACCGAACACGGACAUGGCAUAUCGCUGGACAUAGCUACAAAUUCGGGGGUGUUACAAAAUCGCCGCAUCACUACUCGUGGUACUGACAAAGGAGUGCGUGAGGAGAUCAAGCAAAUCAUGCGUCGACAAGCCGCACGGGACGGUAUCGACUCUUUGGAUGAAUUAUUACAGAAAUUUAUUGUCAACGAGAAAAACGCCAUUCUGCAUACUUUAAUUGUCCAAUGAUUACAUCUAGUUUUUCCAUUAUUCGUUAUCGUACAUCGUAUGUGAUAGGACUUUUUAUAUCAUUUGAAGCCACACACGCUAAAUUUGUGAUUCCAAUCUGUUUCACAGAUUGCACUUGAUAGCAAUAAAUAAUAUUUUAUAAUUAAAUAUUUAGAAAAUAUUUUUUAAAACAUUGUAUAGAUUUAUACAAUUAAAGAAUAUGCCACUAUUAUUUAUUGCAAAAUCCCAUUUUACACAUUAAAUGAGAACAGAAGACCAUUGUCCGUGCGCAUAAUUUACUUCGAAAUAUUAAUAUUAAUAAUAAAUAGAUUGUGUGAAUUUUGAGACUUAAAAAAGAGAUGCUUCAUUUUUACUUAUUUCAUAAUCGACUUUAACGUUACAAUAUAUACAUAUGGAAUUGUUAAAACAAAUUGCUGUUAGCAUCCUAUCUUUAAAUUCUUUAUACGGACGUCUGUAAGUAUCUCGUUAUCUCACACACAUCAUUAACAAUAAAAAAUCGAUAACUGACAAUUAUAUAAAGUUAGCCUAGAUAAAAUAUGAUUCUCAUGUAAUUCCUCGUGAAUCAUCUGGAUCAAUAGCCAUAUUUGAUUACGGUAUAAGCAGAAAAUUAUACGUGACUUAUUCAUACAGUAUAUGAAAUAAACUGAUUCUCUUGCACGUCA